AUGGGAGACUGGGGGUUUCUGUCAACCUUGCUGGAAAAAGUCCAGUCACACUCCACUGUGAUUGGCAAGAUCUGGAUGAGCGUCCUCUUCCUGUUCAGAAUCAUGGUUUUGGGUGCAGGUGCUGAAAGCGUCUGGGGUGAUGAGCAGUCAGAUUUCAUCUGCAACACUCAGCAACCUGGUUGUGAGAAUGUGUGCUACGACUGGACUUUCCCCAUCUCGCACAUUCGUUUCUGGGUGCUCCAAAUCAUCUUUGUCUCCACACCAACACUCAUCUAUCUGGGCCACGCCGUGCACAUCAUCCACAAGGAGAACAAGCUGAGGGAGCUGCUCUCCAGCCCUGGUGGCACCCAGUGCAAAAGGCCCAAAUACACAGAUGAAAGGGGGAAGGUGCAAAUCAAGGGGAAUCUACUAGGGAGCUAUCUGACCCAGCUUGCAGUCAAGAUAGUUAUUGAGGCCGGUUUCAUUGUGGGACAAUACUAUUUGUACGGGUUCGUCAUGGUCCCCAUGUUCCCCUGUUCUAAAAAGCCCUGCCCCUUCACUGUUGAGUGCUACAUGUCUCGACCCACAGAGAAAACCAUCUUCAUUAUUUUCAUGCUGGUGGUGGCCUGUGUUUCUCUGGUUCUGAACGUCAUUGAGAUGUUCUACCUGAUUUGCAAAAGGGUCAGGUGUAGACGUCGCCCUCAUAAGUUUACCUCUCCAGAAUAUCCUAUUAGCCUCUCAGGUCCAAGGUGGCCAACUGCAGAGGAAGCCCUCAAGCAGAACAGGAUGAAUGCAGAUCUUGAAGCCAGCCACAGUGUUGCAGGGAGCUUGGAUGGGGCCAAGGAAGAGAAACGACUCCUGAGUGGUCAUUAA